UGAGAGCCAAAGAACCAAACAAUCUCUUCCGAAGAGCCAGCAAUUCUCAACCGCUUAACCCCCAGAAGGAGAUACGUGUGAAAGGGAGAGGACGAGCCAGAAGUCUCAUUAUCUACCAAGAGCCCGUCGUUUGAAGCUGCACCACACCUCUGUAUCAGCUUUAUCCCCUUAUAUUUAUUCUGCCAUUCCCCUAUUAAUCCAUCUACAAAUUUUCAGUGGCUGUGGUGUUGCUCAGUCAAUGCCUCAUAACUUCUAUUCAUAAUACGACAAAGGGGCUAUAGUGUUUUAGGCAGACUUAUACUCUUACUUUGCUUCCUGGCCAUUCUGCACAGCACUUGGGCUUCCACUCCAACGGCCACACCCCGUCUCACCGCCAACCCAACAUCAAAGUGACAUUUGUCUGAAAAUUCCCAACUUAGUAGCAGAGUUAGUUCAAGAGGCUGCUGCGUAUUUGAGUGCCGCCAAUAAGACAACAGCUGAUCCAUCAUGUCGCAUAAGGGACUAGACUAUGAGACACUGAAUGAAAACGUGAAGAAGGUUCAAUAUGCUGUUAGGGGCGAGUUGUAUCUUCGUGCUUCUGAGCUUCAGAAGGAAGGGAAAAAGAUUAUUUUCACAAACGUGGGCAACCCUCAUGCUCUAGGACAGAAACCACUGACUUUUCCUCGCCAGGUGGUUGCUCUAUGCCAAGCUCCAUUUCUAUUAGAUGAUCCUAAUGUAGGACUCGUAUUCCCAGCAGAUGCAAUUGCAAGAGCUAAACACUACCUUUCAUUGACUUCGGGUGGUCUAGGUGCUUAUAGUGACUCUCGAGGUCUUCCUGGAAUAAGGAAGGAAGUGGCAGAGUUCAUUGGGAGGCGUGAUGGGUAUCCAAGUGAUCCAGAGCUCAUAUUUCUCACGGAUGGUGCCAGCAAAGGAGUAAUGCAGAUUUUGAAUACAAUUAUCCGUGGUGAAAGGGAUGGGAUUUUGGUUCCUGUCCCACAAUAUCCGCUUUACUCAGCUGCAAUAUCUCUCUAUGGUGGUUCUCUUGUUCCAUAUUAUCUGGAAGAGACAGCAAACUGGGGUCUUGAUGUAAAUAACCUUCACUCGUCAGUUGCAGCAGCUCGCUCCAAAGGAAUAACUGUCCGAGCAAUGGUGAUUAUAAACCCUGGAAAUCCUACUGGUCAGUGUCUUAGUGAAGCCAAUUUAAAAGAAAUAUUGCACUUCUGUUACCAAGAAAACUUAGUCUUGCUUGGAGAUGAAGUUUACCAACAGAAUAUUUACCAGGAUGAGCGCCCUUUUAUCAGUGCUAGAAAGGUUUUGAUGGACAUGGGCCCACCCAUAAGCAAGGAGCUCCAGCUUGUUUCUUUCCACACAGUCUCUAAAGGAUAUUGGGGUGAAUGUGGACAGCGUGGUGGAUACUUUGAGAUGACCAACAUUCCUCCACAGACUGUUGAUGAGAUUUAUAAGGUUGCAUCAAUAUCACUCAGUCCAAAUGUCCCUGGGCAGAUAUUUUUAGGUGUCAUGGUCAAUCCACCUACACCUGGAGAUAUUUCAUAUCUGCAAUUUAUGAGAGAGAGCAAAGGUAUCCUUGAGUCACUGAGGAGAAGGGCACAGAUAAUGACUGAUGGAUUCAACAGUUGCAGAAAUGUAGUUUGUAAUUUCACAGAAGGGGCCAUGUAUUCAUUCCCUCAAAUAAGAUUGCCACCAAAAGCUAUUGAGGCUGCCAAAAAGGCUGGUAAAGUCGCUGAUGUUUUCUACUGCCUCAAGCUCUUGGAAGCCACUGGAAUUUCCACUGUCCCUGGUUCAGGAUUUGGACAGAAAGAAGGGGUCUUCCACUUAAGGACAACCAUCUUGCCAGCUGAGGAAGACAUGCCUGCAAUUAUGGAAAGCUUCAAGAAGUUCAAUGAUGAGUUCAUGGAACAAUAUGAAGACCAUAGAGGCUAUUCAAGGAUGUAAGGAGGAUGCUUCAAAUUUAGUGACUUGUAACUAUAUUCUUUGGCAUAGCAAGCCAUUUAACAUAUGAUCCUUAAACUUGUGUCCUCUCUAUAUACUUGGCUUAUAGACUUCUACUCUUGAAGAUUUAACCACUACUCUGUCCAUAUCAUCUUUCUAUAUUUGGUUGUCUA